AUGUCCUUUGACGAUUUACCGGCGGAAACUCUGGUCAACGUCGGCAGUAGCCUGGAGACCUCCAGCCUCCUGUCUUUUGGCUUGGUGAACAGAGCUUGCCGGGCUGCCGCUGUUCCUUCCAUAUACCGCAGUAUCGUACUCUAUAUUGGAAAUCCGCACACGCUGGCCUCGGAUGUCGCCAAGUUCGACCGCGCCUGGACUCAAGCUGAUGCCUUCAGGCAUUUUCGUUCACUCGACAUUCAAGGGUUCUCUAUACCUGACGGAGUCGACUUAAACUCGACUGGUGGCAAGAAUGGCAAGAAAGCCUAUUCAAUGUCUUGGAGGGUUGGACACGAUGCAAAGCGCCGCGCUAGCCCUGGCACCUUUCCCUACCUUGAAGGGAAUAUACAAGAGGAUGACAAAUUCGACUGGCAACCCUUGGCCGAUACGCUGAGGAAAUUUCGUGGGCUGGAACACCUUACCUUUGGCAUGGCUCAGCAGUUUCUGCCUUGUCUUUUGGAGGUUCUGCACUCUUCUUUGCAGAAGUGCGAGCUCGAGAUCAGAUGUUUCUCUCUCAGAAGCCUGCGCGACGAGGUUGUUGACCCGUACGAAUAUGAACUGGUGACAUCGCCCAACUUGAUCUCAGUUCACACCUGUUACACUUAUCUGGAAGAGGACGGCGGAUACGAUGUUGGUGAUCUGAAUGACCUGACCUGGCUACGUUAG